AUGGUAUUUAUCCGCUCUCUUUCCCGUCAAUUGCGACGGCCCUUCCUCUUGAGCUCUCUCAAGCCAACCGUUGCCUCCAACCCAUUCACUCGGGUUUCACCUUUGGCUGGCUCUAUUUCCGGUGCACGUACACUAACCGCGACUUCGAAUCUUCAGGGCAAAGUUCUUUUGGUUCUCUACGAUGGUGGUGAGCACUCCCAGCAGCAGCCUAAGCUGCUCGGUACCACCGAGAACGAGCUCGGCAUCCGCAAGUGGCUCGAGGACCAGGGUCACACCCUGGUAACCACCUCCGACAAGGAGGGCGAGAACUCCACCUUUGACAAGGAGCUCGUCGACGCUGAAGUCAUCAUCACCACUCCCUUCCACCCCGGUUACCUCACUGCUGAGCGUCUCGCCAAGGCCAAGAAGCUCAAGCUCGCCGUCACUGCCGGUAUUGGUUCCGAUCACGUUGACCUGAACGCCGCCAACACCACCAACGGCGGUAUCACCGUUGCUGAGGUCACUGGCUCUAACGUCGUCUCCGUCGCUGAGCACGUCGUCAUGACCAUCCUCCUCCUCGUCCGCAACUUCGUCCCUGCCCACGAACAGAUCAAGAACGGCGACUGGAACGUCGCUGCCGUCGCCAAGAACGAGUUCGACCUCGAGGGUAAGGUCGUCGGUACCGUCGCUGUCGGCCGUAUCGGUGAGCGUGUCCUCCGCCGUCUCAAGCCCUUCGACUGCAAGGAGCUUCUCUACUACGACUACCAACCCCUCUCUGCCGAGGCUGAGAAGGAGAUCGGUUGCCGUCGUGUUGAGAAUCUCGAGGAGAUGCUCGCCCAGUGUGACGUUGUCACCAUCAACUGCCCCCUGCACGAGAAGACCCGCGGUCUCUUCAACAAGGACCUCAUUUCUAAGAUGAAGCCCGGUGCUUGGCUCGUCAACACCGCUCGCGGUGCCAUCGUUGUCAAGGAGGAUGUCGCUGAGGCCCUCAAGUCUGGCCACCUCCGCGGAUACGGUGGUGAUGUCUGGUUCCCCCAGCCCGCCCCCAAGGAUCACCCUCUCCGCUACGCCGAGCACCCCUGGGGUGGCGGUAACGCUAUGGUUCCCCACAUGUCUGGUACCUCCAUCGAUGCGCAGGUCCGCUACGCCAACGGUACCAAGAACAUUCUCGAAAGCUACUUCUCCGGCCGUGAGGACUACCGUCCUGAGGACUUGAUUGUCCACAAGGGUGACUAUGCCACCAAGGCCUACGGUCAGCGCAAGUAG